UAGCCUAGCCAUAAUAUAGCCGCCAUCUUCUAACCUACUCAGCUGUAGUAGUAAUCUUUGUCAUAAACAAAGCUGAAUGAAACUCUUAUGUAGGAACAACUCAUCACUUCUUCCGUUUGCGAGAAAUUUUCUUUAUCUUCCUUCAGUUUUUGUACAAAAAAAAUGGGAGAGCUGUGGCAGGGAAAUUAGCACUGACGAGGUUUCUAGAAGAGCCUCUGCCUCUUCUUCUCGUGGCAAGUUUAACUUGGUUGGUCCUCGACAUCACGGCUCAAACAUACGAAAGAUAAUCUUCGCAAAAUUGAAAAAUGAAUCAACCAAAGAGAGAUACUUCAGAGAACAACAGCAAGAAUUAAACACUUGGAAUCAGAAUUUUUGGGGGAAACAAAAUGAAAAAUUCAAUAAGUCAAAAAAGGCCUUCCUCCAAUUACGACCAAGAAAUCUGGAAACAGACACAAAUAAGGAGUUAGCUGAUGAGUUGUCAAAAUUUUAUCGGGAUUUCUUGGAUGGCAACUACAAUGUGCAUUCUCAAUAUCUCAGAGACUGGUACAGGAGAAAUUUCCAUCUGUUAUGGACAGGGAUACAAGUGUCAGUGUUUAGGAUACUGAGCAAAAUCAUGCCAAAGAGGUCAAGAUAAUUGAUCUGCAUUUGAAAGUUGCAUUUGAUUUGUGCUGACUAUCAGGUGGAUGAACAACACAUUUUUGUAAAUAGCACAAACCUAAGGGCAUUGAAAAGGUUUUAAAAUGUACAAUGGAUA